GGUGGCAGCAGACCGGUAUCUCACCGGUGUGCAACACGUUGAGAGUUUUAUGCGGUUUUGAGCAUUUCCAACCUUGCGUUUAAGUCCAUUUUACCGGUGCAAUGCCGUGUUGGUACUAUGAGAAAGACGAUUUGGUCAACACACCAUCCUCAAAAGAUGGAAUUGACGGAGCAACUGAGACCAGAUAUCGGAAGGAGGGAGCUCGCUUCAUUAUCGAUGCCGGAACAUCUCAAGGACUACGGUACGAUACCAUGGCUACUGGAGUCAUCUACUUCCAUCGCUUCUACAUGUGUCACUCCUUUAAGGAUUUCCCUCGCUUUGUAACUGGAGCUGCCUGUCUAUUCUUAGCUGGUAAAGUUGAAGAGACCCCCAAGAAGUGUAAGGACAUUAUCCGCAUGGCUAAGGUCAUGGUCCCUGAACAUCACUUCAGCACCUUCGGCGACGACCCCAAGGAGGAGAUAAUGACCUACGAGCGAAUCCUCCUACAGACCAUUAAGUUUGACCUCCAGGUGGAUCACCCCUACAGCUACCUCCUCAAGUACGCUAAGACACUCAAAGGAGACAAGACCAAGAUACAGCAGCUGGUGCAAAUGGCUUGGACAUUUGUCAAUGACAGUCUGUGCACAACCCUUUGCCUUCAGUGGGAGCCGCACAUUGUGGCUGUUGCCUUCCUGUACUUGGCUGGUCGCCUGUCCAAGAGCGACCUGUUGGAGUGGUCGGGAAAGAACGCCAAGGUGAAAUGGUGGGAGCAGCUUGCUGAUGACGUGGACCUUGAGAUAAUGGAAGAUAUUUGUCAUUUACUGCUGGAUCUUUACGCAACUGGCCAGCAACCUAAGCCAGCGGUACUACAGUCCAAAGGAGCUACAAAGAGAUCCAGACCAAAGACGCCUCCAGUUGCUGGACCUGAAACCAUCAAAACCUCUGAUGACUCUCAUGCAUCUCAGCAGACACAACCCGACAAAUCCAGAGAGACUCGCUCCCAUUCUCAGUCUCGAGGUCCUCCCCCUCCUCCUCCAUCCUCUUCUGGUUCAGUAGCUGCCUCAUCCUCCCACGCCAAGGCUCACGCCGCGGGAAAGGAUCAUCCUGACAAGCCUUCAACCGUGAAGGCCCCGCCACCUCCCUUGAGGUCAGCUCCCAAGGAAUCUGGAGUUCAGCUGAAGAGUCAUGUCAAUCCGGCAGUGCCUGCACCCCCGCCUCAAAGACCCCCGGUGGUCAGUGUAGCUCAGUCCUAUCCAGUGCCCGUCUCGUACCCGGAGCCGGUACCCACGUCGUCGUACAGUGGGCCACCCCCGGUAACCAGUCAAGUGUACCCAGCAUACCAACACCCCCCAGUGGAUCCGACGGUUAGCACAGCCCAGCCUGGAUACAGCCAACAACAGUAUCCACCAACGUGGAACUUUCCCGCCCAACAAGUGCCACCCGCUAAUACGGUUCAUAACUAUGUACAGCCUGCUUAUAAUAUGAAUCAGCCACCCCCAGGCUACCCUCCGAAUCCACCCCCACAGGUUGCAAUGCCACCAGCGGUGCCCCCACCGCCACCGCAGCAACAGCAACCCCAACAACAAGUGAUUCCCCAACAACCACAGAUGGCACCACACCCCCAAGGGCCACCACAGCAGCCACCUUACAGCCAGCCUUAUAGCCAGUAUCCACCACCACCUCUCAAUGUCCCCCCUCCAGUCAAUAUACCCCCUCCCGCACACAAUAUGUCAGUACCCCCACCCUUGAUGGGGCAGCCUCCACCUCAACUAACCAAGCCCCCGCCUAUGCUGGGCCAACCUCCUCCGGCUCAGAUGCCCCCAAAUCAACCUCCUCCGUCGCAACCUUUCCCCAAUUUCCCCCCGCCAGCCUCAACAAACCAAGUAUACAUCCCCCCACCGCAGCCUGGUUUUGACAUGAUGCGGAUGCCUGGGCCACAGAACAUGCCCCCUAGUACUCCUCAAGGGGAGCUUAGUUUCCCCCCUAACCCCUCCAUGGGUCUAGCAACAGUGCGUAUAACAGGGCGAGAUAGUGGCUGGCAACAACCACCUAGGAGACCAUCACAUGGGGGUGCCAAUGAAUCCUGGAAUCCUUAAUGGUCACAAAACUAAACAUGUAACCUGCUACGGACAUAAAAACAAUCUAGGAGAAAGUCAAUGUACUUUGACUACCCCAAAUCAGGCAUGAUGCUUUGUACUCAAAAGGGCAUACCAGUUUUUCACUUCAAAAGUUUCAAAUCCUACUUUUAGUCUUUCAUUUGUCAAUGGCACCUACAAGAAGAAAGUACAAAUUUGUACUGAGACAUUUCAAGGCAUUGACAAAGAGACAAAAUCCAUUUGAAGUCAUCAGCUAGUCUUACCUGUGUUUGAUUUCUGCAUGGCCAAACCAACCAACACAAAGGGGGGGGGGGGGAUAUGCCAUUUAAUGAGAAUCCACAUGGUUGGAUUUCAAGUUAGCAGUGGUUCUGGAUAUAGGGGAGGUUUUUGGUAAGAGAUUCCAAUGGGAGGAUGUUUAGCUUGUUGUCAGUGUAAAACAUCUUUUAAAAUAGCAUCAAGUCUUGAGCACAGAGGGUUUACGUGUGUUGUUACUCUUAAGUUUUAACAAUUUUAUGCCUGUAAGCAGUAGGGUGAAAACAGAAUUUCUGUAAAUGUAAAUAUAUUCUGAGAUUUUUUUUUUUUAAAAGUACACCAUUACUUUAAGUUCCCUGGUGCACUAAUGGUUAAAAUUUGUAAGUAAAGCUAUUGAAUUUUCAACAACUGUUAAUUAAGUUCCAAAGAAAUUACCAUAGGCAGGGGGUCUGGUAACUAAAUUAACGCUAAAUUGGGUUAUUUAAAGUAAGCAUUUCUACUGUGAAAGCUUCAACUGUAAACAUAUUUGACACUCAUUAAAAGUAAUUACAAAUUUUCA